AUGUCGGCCUUUCACCAGCGGCAAGAUGCUACGAGAAACGACGGCACCGUAUCCAGACGAUGGCAGUUUGAAGAUGCGCUCGAACCCGACCACCCCAUCAGCACGCAGUCGCUGCCCGUCGACGGUACACUGGGCCCCAGCCUCUGGCAAGCCGUCCGGGAUAGGGUUCAGGUCUCGGCCGCCCUGAGGCAAGCCAGCGGCACCGGCCGGGCGAGCCGGAUGCAUUCCGAAGUCAGGAUCGACGCAGAGGGGCUCUCGACCGACACCAUCGGCAGCCACAACUCGGGAUCCAGCCGACCUGGCCAGCAUGCCGGUCACUGGCAGUCGCUGGCCCACCUAUUCGAUCAGGAUGGCCCCGAACCCGUGGCCCGAGAGGCGCGGAGUAGGCGCAAGAGGGCGUCGUCGUCCAACAGGCAGGACUCGCCGGAAGCGCGCCGGACCAGCCAGCACACACCGACGCCCUCACGGCGGAAUCAGGGCGGUACCAUGACCUCCGACGACCGCCCACAGAGCCAGGCGUCCAUCUCGCCCCAGCGUGGGCGCAACAGCAUCGCAAGGGCCUCGGACGAUGGGCGCGGCGCGUCCGGCGUAUCGCCCGGCCCAGAGAGGCGCAAGACGAUCAUGGCCUGGAAUCGUAUGGUCUCCCCGCCGCCGUCGAGGCAGCACGGCGGCGGCGUCGAAGACCGCUCCCGCCUGUCAAAUAUGACGUCGCUCAGCGAGGAGCCUGACAGCUGGCUCCACAACGACCCUGACGACGCUCCAGAAGGCGAGGAUCCGCUGCUCUAUACCACGCAAGAAACGCUGCUCGACAGCGACACCGAGAGCACCGUCAGCGACACCGAGUCCGAGGCGAACAUCGGCGUCCGACCCGGCUCCGGCUCUCUGGCAGUUAUCGCCGAGCACGGCGGUCCUGCUGCGGGAGACACGGUCGACCGCGCGCACACGCUUCGCGGCCGCCUGGGACGCUACUCGGCCGGCCUGAGGCGCAGGAUGCAGCUCUCCCCGCUGCAGAGGGGCAUCGCCAAGUGCGGCAUCGCCUACCUCAUCGCCUCCCUCUUCACCUUCUCGCCCUUGCUGUCGUCCAACAUGGCCAAGCUGCUGCCCAACCACGACCCCGAUGCGCGCGUCCCGUUCUCCAACCUGCACAUGAUCGCCACGGUCGCCGUCUACUUCCACCCGGCCAAGACGCUCGGCGCCAUGGUCGAGGCCGACUUUUUCGCGCUCAUCGCCUUUGUCUUUUCCGUCGCGCUAGGUUUCUCUUCGAUGGCCGUCGCCGUCUUCCUCCACGACGCCGACAUGCUCUUCGUCUCCGACAUCCUUAGCGUCCUCGUCUUCCUCGGCAUCGGCAUGGCCCUGGUCGGCUACGCCAAGGUCAAGGUGGCCAAGCCCCAGUUCAAUACGGCCUGCUCGCUGGUCAGCAUCAUCGUCUUUACCGUCGUGGUCAAGGAGGGCUCAAAGCACCUCGGCCACUUUUCCUUUGACAAGACGAUCCAAGUCACGCUCGUCGUCAUCGCCGGUUCGCUCGUCAGCAACCUGGUCUGCUUCCUCUUCUGGCCCCAGAGCGCCACUACCAACUUGCAGAACGACAUCGACAAGAACCUCCAGGGCUUCGCGACGCUGCUCCGUGUCCUGACAAAGACGUUCCUGCUAGACGAUCCCUCGAACUUCCACUUCAAGAGCGACAAGAUCAAAAAGGCCAUCGACGAUCACCACGAGAGCUUCACCUCGCUCAAAAAGGACCUCGGCGAGGCGAUGCUCGAGCGCUUCUUCGACCUCCGCCUGCGCGGCAAGACUUCGUACUACAAGGACGCCACCAGCUCGAUGAACCGCCUGGCUCAGCAUCUCGCCGGCCUCAGGAGCUCGUGCGGCCUGCAGCACCAGAUCAUGAUGGCGCGGGUCCAGGCGCGCAAGGCCAGGGAGGCGCAGGAGCACCCGGAAGCCGAGGCCGCGGCUUCCUUCUCCGGCACAGCCACCCGUGGUCAGUCGGCCGACGUCGCCGAGGCCCUCGCGAACCUCAAGGAGGGCGAGCGCGGCGCUGGCGCCAGCUCUCGAGAUGCCGAGCAGAGCGCCGAUGCCGGACAGCGCGCUCGGGCCUUUGAGGACUUCAUCGACAGCGUCGGCCCGCACAUGCGCAGCCUCGUCUUCACGUGCAGCAGGACGCUCAGGAACCUGCGCACCACGUUUGUUGCUCAGCGCGGCCGGUCUCUUGGCGACAUGGCGAAGCCCGAGGCUGCCGCAGCUGCGUCGAUGCAGGAUGGCCGCGACACCGAGCCCCUCCUGGGCUCGCGCUUCAGGACGGGUGAUUCCUUCGACAUCCUGGCGCGCGACGUCUCAUCGGCGUUGAAGAGGUUCCAGCACGAGCAGACGGUGGCCAUCAAGCGCAUCUACACGAUGGAGCCCAAAAAGGCCGAGGCGGAGCGCGAGGCCGCCGAGCACGCAUCGAAGCAAACCUCGCCGCACGGCGCGGGCGACCGGUUACCCGCCAGCCUGCUCUCGAGAGCGCAUCCGGACGAGGAGAUCUUCCUGAUCUUUUUCUUCGUCUUCAAUCUGGAAGAGUUUGCCAAGGAGCUCGAGGUGCUGGUCGAGGCGCUCGAGAUGCUACGGCAGGGCGAGGAGCGGCUGGCCACUGCGCGGGCCACGUCGAUCUGGUCGCCCAUUAAGCUCUACCUCGCCACCAUGCUCCCGUGCUGGAGGAGCCUGCUGGGACGGAAGAAGACUCGCGGCCUGUCGGCAGCCGCAGCGAGGCGCGGUCCUGUACGCCGCAAAACCGAGGAUGUGCUCGAUUUCCCCUCGAACCGUCGCAACACUGUCAAUACGGCUCAGACGCCCGUAGCAUUGACCUUCAAGCAGCGCUUCCAGCGCCUCGUGUGGUCGAUUGGCGAAUUUCUCCGCGAGGCAGACACCAAGUUUGCCAUCAAGGCGGGCGCCGGCAGCGCGAUCCUGGCGAGCCCGGCGUUCUUCGAGUCGACGCGGCCAACGUUCAAAAAGUUCCAGAUGCAGUGGGCGCUGGUCAGCUUCAUGGUGGUGCUGAGCCCGACGCUGGGCCAGUCGAAUCAGAUGAGCUUGCAUCGCUUCCUUGGCACCAUUCUUGGCGCCGCUGCCGCCGUCGGCAUCUACAGCCUCUUCCCGGACGACAACGUGGCUCUGCCCAUCUUCGGCCUCUUCUUCUCGCUGCCAUGCUUCAACUACAUUGUCGGCCGGCCGCAGCUGGCGUCGAGCGGCCGCUUCGUGCUGCUGACGUACAACCUGACGGCGCUGUACAGCUACAACCUGCGCAAGGUGGGCAUCGAGGUCGAGCAGAUCGCCUUCCAGCGGACCGUAUCGGUGCUGGUCGGGGUGCUGUGGGCCACGGUGCUCAACCAGCUGGUGUGGCCGUUCGAGGCCCGACGGGAGCUGGCCCGCGGCGUAUCGGACCUCAUCUUCAAGCUGGCCUGGCUCUACCAGCGCCUCGUUGUCACGUACUCGGAGGACCAGUACAAGGCGGCCAACGUCGUCAGCGUGGACGAGGCUCAUGACGACGAGGACGAGAACAGCGCGUACGCCGACGACGUCGAGAGGCAGCCCCUGCUGCGAUCGCGGCAGACGCCCAUCAUCGACGAGUUCCAGACGAUUGAGCUGCAUCUACAAGUCACCAUCAUCAAGCUCGAGGGCCUCCUGGCGCAGACCAAGCACGAGCCUCGCCUCAAGGGCCCGUUCCCCGUGGCGACGUACAAGGCGAUGCUGGGCUGCUGCCAGAACAUCCUGGACAAGCUGCACAGCAUGCGGUGCGUGACAUCGCGCGACGACUGGUACCAGCAGGUGCGCCGCGACUUUGUGAUACCCGUCAACCCGGAGCGGCGCGAGAUGGUAGGCAAUGUGCUCCUCUUCUUCUACACGUUGGGCUCGGCCUUCCACCUCAAGAUCCCCGUGCCUCCCUACUUUCCGCCCGCCUCGGGGUGCCGGCUGCGGUUGCUGGAAAAGAUCCGGGAGUUGCCGGUCGUCAAGCGGCGCGCGGUGCGAGGAUCGAGCGCCUACCUCCUCUUCUACUCGUAUGCGCUCGCCAUGGGGGACGUUAUCGAGCAGCUCGAGGAGCUGGGCCGCCUGACGCAGCAUAACUUUGGCGUGUGGGGAGGCUCGACGGCCAACUUUGAACGACACUUCCAGACCAGCCCCGAAUCGGCCGACCCAACGCCCUAUGGCACCGUCCGCGGCCCUCGCCAGCGAUCCUGA